AUGCCGAAAGUUGACAACGAGGACGCCGCGUCGCUCCAGCGCAGGCACGAAAUGAUUAUCGCCGCGUGCACGCGAAUACGUACAUUUACGGAAGCUAUCGCGUCCGUUACGCCGUCAAUCGCGGCUCAACUCGAAGAGCGUCGUGCUAAACUCGACAGGUACUGGACAGAUUAUGAUAGCGUUCAAACAAACUUAGAAUUAAUCGACGAAUCCGAAGAAGCACAUCGCGCUCCCUUCGAAGACUUUCAUUAUGCUUUAUGUGCUCAAAUACGCGAAUUGCUCUAUCCCGCGACUGCGCAACGCGUCGCAGCCUCUCUGUCACGGUGGUCUUCUAGUGUCGUCGGCCGCGAGUCUUUCGGCCACAUAAGACUACCGAAAUUAGAAUUACCGAAAUUUUCCGGGAAAUAUGACGAGUGGUGCCCGUUCUUCGACAGUUUUAAUUCUCUUAUACAUGAAAACGCGUCGUUAAGUCCUGUUCAAAGGUUGCAGUAUUUAAGAGCUUCUCUCACCGGCGAUGCAUUCAAAGUAAUUAGCUCGCUGGAAAUUUCCGAUACAAACUACCAAGUAGCAUGGGACCUUUUGAAGGAACGACACGAUAACAAACGCGCUAUUGUGCAGAGUCAUAUACAAGCUAUUUUAGAUUUGCCAACCAUGGCGAAAGAAAACGUCGCUGAAUUGCGUCAGAUCACGGAUGGUGCUACUCGACAUAUUCACGCCCUUCAGGCGUUAAAACGCCCCACAGCGCAGUGGGACGAUUUACUUGUUUAUAUUUUAAGCAAUAAGCUCGACGCGCUCACAUCGCGAGAGUGGCAAUUGUCAUUGGUAGGCCCCGCUCUGCCUACACUCAAACAAUUUACGGAUUUUGUUGCUCAUCGGUGUAUAACUCUUGAGACAAGCAGUAGAUCCAAGAAUGUAAACACGCGGUCGCAGUCGCAAUCGAGCGCGAAGCAGCAAUCUUGUGUUGCCUCUAUAAAAAUAAAAUGCUCCUUUUGUAAGGGCGAGCAUCUCAUCUAUCAUUGCGAAAAGCUCAUAGCAUUACCCAUUCCGCAAAGGAUUGCGGAAAUCAAAAAGCGCAAAAUUUGUAUUAACUGUUUACGGUGGAUCAUACAUCAAAUAAAUGCUCUUCUGGCAAUUGCAAAAUUUGCAAGGCCAAGCAUAACACGUUGCUUCACCUUGCUGCUGCCACGUCGGUCAAGUCCGACAUCUCCGAAUCAGGUGAUCGUGGAUCAGUAG